CAGUUCAGUUCAGUUGAGUUUCGUGUUCUUCGUCGUGAGGAAGUCGUUUUCCGUGAAGCUGUCCGUCGCGUUUUUUUCUUUUAUGUUCGAUUUUAUUAUUAUUCACCUUUUUGUUUGUGAAGCCUAGUCGGAUGAAAACUAAUCACUUGCUGUAAAUUUGGUUGAUUCCGUUCGCGCGGUGCGGUGUCGGUUAAUUUGAUUAUUCAUUUCAAUUAGGAUUUAGUGGCGUGUGCGUCUUUCGAGUGUCCGUCCGUAAUGUUUGGGGGCUAGAAUCGCAAUUUGCGCUGGCGGAGAGAAAGAAGCAGAAAAAACUGGCUCCCCUCCGAUACUGCUAUAUAAUGGUGAUGACGAUGGCUGCAUUGGUUGGAUUGGCAGUCUAGAAUCUAGAAGGAAAAACCAGUGGAGUUUGGUCGCAGUUGGAGCCUACUGCUCCGCUUUUUUUUUUGCUGGUUGGCCUUUUAGGCUGAUGGAUGAAAAAAGAAGGUGUAUUAUUUAGCUAAUAAGAAGUCGUGGUGUGCAAGCACGAUUCCGGUAGUGUGAGUGAGAAGAAAGAAAGCAGAAAGGAAGGCGUAUAUCGGACAGGUCUGAAGAAGUUUCCAAGAAGAGUGGUCUGUGUUGUGUUGGCCCAUCGUUUUCGGUCCGUCCCGUCGUGCCUGUGAAUGAGGUCCAGCAGGCAUUCGAGAGUGUAAUGUAAGCAGGAAAAUCGAAAAGUGCGAUAACAGGGAGAGUGGUUUCCUACGAGUUAGUAUCGAGAAAAAAAAGUGUGCUGGUGUUUGUGUCACUGCUUCUGGCCUGCUAGUGGCCGUCGUGGAGGUGACUGGCUGCUGCUUUGUGAGAUCACCGAAAUCGUGGAUCGUUUAGCUUCUGGAUUUCUGGAUCUGGUACGAUUUGAUGGCAGCUGAGUUCUUUUCGUGUCUACGGAAGGAGUAAACGGAAACUACGAUGCUGAGGUUCCUGAGCCGAAGAAAGACUCGGAAUGUCCCUGGGUCAGAUACGGCCAGUAGUCAAAUUAAAUCCCAGCGGAUUCCGAACAACAAAAAUUUAGUUCCCUGUCGGGUGAUUCUACUGGAUAACACGGACCUGUCGGUGGAUUUAACGAAAAAAGCUCUAGCAAACGAUUUGUACGAGCAAGUUUUCUAUUCGCUGGACCUGAUAGAGAAGGACUAUUUUGGGUUGCAGUACACCGACGCCAACAAUGUUAAACACUGGCUGGAUCCAACGAAGGCAAUUAAAAAACAAGUUAAAAUUGGUCCUCCGUACACACUUCGGCUCAAGGUCAAGUUCUAUUCAUCUGAACCGAACAUUCUCCGGGAGGAACUGACGAGGUAUCAGUUCUUUCUACAGCUCAAACAGGACCUACUGGAAGGUCGACUGGAAUGUCCGGAUGCCCAGGCCGCCGAGUUAGCCGCUCUCGCGUUACAAUCUGAACUCGGCGACUAUGACGAGACCGUUCAUUCGGCGGCCACCGUGUCGGAGUUUCGGUUCGUACCCAACCAGACCGAGGAGCUGGAGAUUACGAUCUUGGACGAGUACAAAAAAUGUGUCGGUCUGACGCCGGCCCAGGCGGAAACCAGCUUUCUCAACAAAGUCAAAUGGCUAGACAUGUACGGGGUGGAUAUGCAUACCGUUUUGGGAAAAGAUGGUUGCGAGUAUCACCUGGGUCUGACCCCAACCGGAAUUCUGGUGUUCGAGGGCAUCCAGAAGAUUGGUCUGUUCUUCUGGCCCAAGAUUGGGAAGCUGGAUUUCAAGAAGAAGAAACUGACACUGGUGGUGGUGGAAGACGACGAUCACGGCCGGGAACAGGAGCAUACCUUUGUCUUUCGGCUGCACAACGAGAAGGCCUGCAAGCAUCUGUGGAAAUGUGCAGUCGAACAUCAUGCCUUCUUUCGGUUGCGUGCCCCGGUCAAGGGACCGUCCGCACGGCAAAACUUUUUUCGGAUGGGCUCCCGCUUCCGAUACUCUGGCAAGACAGAGUUCCAGACAACGCAACAGAAUCGAGCCCGCCGGACGGUGCAGUUUGAGCGGCGACCAUCGCAACGAUUCGCACGCCGCCAGUCCCAUGUGCUGCGGGAACGGCAAAAGCAGGUCUCUUCCGAUCAGACGCAACAGCAGUCGACAGCACGACGGCAAUCACCGACCGCCGAUGACGCUCAGACGACUUCCACCUCCGGAACAUCCACUCCAUCAGCGAAUACGGUGAUACACAAUCACAUUUCUGCUUCGGCUAGCAGCACCUCCGACAUCGGAGUGCACGUCGUGAAUGGGAACCUUCCGUCGCUUAGCUCGAAUAAGUCAAUGUCUUCCAGCGAAGAUGUCACCAACGCUAAGCUGGGCUCGUUCGGAAAAGCUGGAAUUUCGUACAAAUCUGAGGAACCCGUCGGGAAACUGAUCGAUCACGACGUUCCGUUUAUCCGGCCACCGGGCCAUCACCAUGGUGGUGGAUCCUUUGGAAAGGCGUCGAUCUGUUCCGGAUUCAGUAUCAAAACGAAUUCCUCCGAUCGGGACAGUCAGCUGGAUACGUUGAUGAAAUCGAUUGCGAAAGAUCCGGCCCCCUCGUUGCACGGAGUGGAACUGAACGAUGCUAGUAGCUUUAAGAUAACCAUCAACAAAACUUCCGAACUGGAGACCAAUAACGACACGCUGAAAAAGCUGGCCGCUAGUCCGGCCGAGAAACCGAAUAAUCAAAUUAAGCUUUCGAAUGCCGCGGUGACACCGCUGCCACCUGGGCAGAUUAAGUGUAACAUUUUGAAAGCACGGGUAGAGGAAGAACUACAUCCUAAGCUAACAAACCACCAACUGUACGUACCAAGUCAACCGCUGAACGAUGGUCCGGAUUCACUGAAUGCAGCUACCUUCGUAUCGGUGGGUGGUGAUAAGUUAACACUAAACCUAACAGGAACCACAACUCCUACGGUCAGCGGUUAUACGACAAUCACCACCAUGAUAUCGAGCCCGAUGGCACUCACUCCGACAUCGCCGAUCCACACGAUGAAAACCUUUUUACCACCGGUGACGACGCCACCACCGUCGCUAAUGUCCACCACCAGUACCACGGCGGCUGUCCACAACAGUCUAACGGAGCUAGCACCCCUCGUGAAUGGACUGGGUGCAGCCGACAAUGUCACCGUGACGCAUUUUUCCGAACAGAAAGGAGGAAUUGUGGAAAAGAUCAGUGUCCCGUCUCCGUCGAGUGGUUUACUGGAUACAUCUUUGACUACGGAAAAACUAGCCAACAACAAUCCGUUCCUCAACAUGUCCAAUCCAUCCUCUCCAACGAUGCUAAUCAGUCCCCUCAAAUCAUCCACCAAUCCGUUCCACAACAUUUCCAAUUCUUCCAGCAGCUCGGGUGAAACUGUACUGCACUCAGCAGAGACCGUUCCAAGCUCACCGCCACAAUCGACUGAGUUCAAAAGUAGUAAUCCAUUCAAGGACAGUAGUACCCGGGCCCGUAGUAAGUCACCGGCUUUGAUCAAGCAAACCCAAGCCGGUAGCAGCAGCAGAGGCGUUUCGCCCAACAGCAACGGUUCGGUGAUUACGAUGGAUCUAAAGGAUCUGAAAAGGGCUCCCAGUUUUAACAAAGCCCGGAAAGUGGACAUACCGACGGUGGCGAAAAAGGACGUCACGGAUUGUGCUACUGGCCCGACUAGCCCGGAAGGAGGAGGUGGUGGUGAUGAUAUGGUCAACGAUUCGAAACCGAUGAAGGAAGCCCUCAAGGAGAACAUCAAACCGCACUCGAUGGACAUUUCACCGUGGCUCGUGUCGUCCGAUGUGGUGACCGGUUCAACCAAGACCAAGGAGGCUACCAUCAUCCGGAAGUCGGUCAUUACUACGCAACUGUAGAUGGGGGCUCCGACCGGGGAAGCUCGUUUGUUUGUUUUAUGUGUUUUUGAUGUAAAUUAGUAACUACUACCGAUCAUACUAGAUGCUAGUAUACCGUUUUGACCGUUUGUGCUUGUUUUUAUUGUUUAACGAUUCGAGAAGGUUCUGUUGUUUGUUAGAAGACCAGGCACCAGAGAUGGUAUUUUUAUUCAAAAAAAUAUACCCGUCCUAAGUACUUAAAAACGAAUGUUACAGGCAGUAUAGUCAGGUAUUUUGCCAGGCAAAUCGAGCAACACCUCCCUUUUAGCAGCAGCUACAGUUAUCCGCAUAGUAUUAAAUGAUCUCAACACAUUCCACAAGACAUACCAGCAGAACCAGCUUUUCUAAAGUCGACGAAUUUAUGUGGCACUAAAAUCCACAGAAGGUUUAAACUAAUUUGCUCAAAGCAAGAUAGGUGCUUCCUGAAGGCUGAAUACAUUGAAUGAAACCGAUGCAUUCUCCUGCUUAUUCAAAAAAAAAUGGUACUGUUUUAUGUAAAUACCGCGAGUACAUCGAAUCCAGCAUCAGCUUUUAUACAUUCGGAAAUCAGCACAGAAUAGAAUGUGGUGUGAAGGUUGCUUUGCGCGUUUGCAAUCCGGCCCUCCACCUGAACAUAUUCCACUAAGACCACUUUGUUGUCGCAUCACCAACUUGUAAGUGCACUAACAAGAUUCUGGUGCCAUUGAAUGAAGUGUUGACAGUCGAGGUAGAGAAAUCUGGCGAACCGUACCGUGUUAUAAUCGAAUUAUAAACAGAAGUGAAGUGCAAAAACUUGUAUUUAUUCAGAGGGAUUUUUUUCUGUUCUAUUUUGCUUCACCCGAUCCCAACCGGGCCGAGGUUGCAUGUGACGACGUAAUAAUAAUUUUAAAAGUUAUUAUCCUACUCCAGCUGACGACGGUACUUGAGACGACCAGUCAGCUUAAAUAUUAUUAUUCUAGAAGAAAAUAUAUUCGUUAGGAAGAUGCCUUAUUGAUAUAACGGGUGAUUUUUUAAGAGCUUGAGAACUUUUUUAAACAAUAAAACGCAUAAAAUUUGCAAAAUCUCAUCGGUUCUUUAUUUUGAACGUUAGAUUGGUACAUGACAUUUACUUUUUGAAGAUAAUUUCAUUUAAAUGUUGACCGCGGCUGCGUCUUAGGUGGUCCAUUCGGAAAGUCCAAUUUUGGGCAACUUUUUCGAGCAUUUCGGCCGGAAUAGCCCGAAUUUCUUCGGAAAUGUUGUCUUCCAAAGCUGGAAUAGUUACUGGCUUAUUUCUGUAGACUUUAGACUUGACGUAGCCCCACAAAAAAUAGUCUAAAGGCGUCAAAUCGCAUGAUCUUGGUGGCCAACUUACCGGUCCAUUUCUUGAGAUGAAUUGUUCUCCGAAGUUUUCCCUCAAAAUGGCCAUAGAAUCGCGAGCUGUGUGGCAUGUAGCGCCAUCUUGUUGAAACCACAUGUCAACCAAGUUCAGUUCUUCCAUUUUUGGCAACAAAAAGUUUGUUAGCAUCGAACGAUAGCGAUCGCCAUUCACUGUAACGUUGCGUCCAACAGCAUCUUUGAAAAAAUACGGUCCAAUGAUUCCACCAGCGUACAAACCACACCAAACAGUGCAUUUUUCGGGAUGCAUGGGCAGUUCUUGAACGGCUUCUGGUUGCUCUUCACUCCAAAUGCGGCAAUUUUGCUUAUUUACGUAGCCAUUCAACCAGAAAUGAGCCUCAUCGCUGAACAAAAUUUGUCGAUAAAAAAGCGGAUUUUCUGCCAACUUUUCUAGGGCCCAUUCACUGAAAAUUCGACGUUGUGGCAGAUCGUUCGGCUUCAUGAUGAAAUGUCAGAGCAUACUGAGCAAAUAAUAAUGCAUGAAAAUCAUAACCUCAAAAAAUCUGAGCAAAUACUAAUGCAUGAAAAUCCUAACCUCAAAAAAAUCACCUUUUAGAAGAAGAAGAAGAGUAUAAACGAAACGUGAGAGCGAGAAUCAAAACUUUUAUCUUUAUCCAUAUACAAAAUUUUAACAAAAUACCUUUUAUGAAAUUGGACGUUUGUAGCCACACGAUACUUAAGUGGUGUAUAAAUAAACAGAGAGCGAGAGAGAGUAACAAACACCGAAUAGUCUGAAUGAUGAAGUAAAUCGAAUUAAUGGUAAGAUGGUUUUUCAGCGAUUGAAGAUAGCAACUUUUUGAGAGGUCUUUUUACGCAAUCGAUGACCCCAUUAGUGAUGAAUCGUGUAAUAAAAUUUAAAAUAUUGUA